UCUAGUUACACUAUAUAUGCUCCAUCCCCAAGGGUGAUCCUCUUCAUUGCCUUUCCUUUGUUUCUUUGCUACCCAUCUCACCUAGCAAAUUUUUCACAUAUACAAAUUAAUGGCUCUCUUAACUGAGCUCAUCUUCCUGGUCUUCCUUUUCCUUCCACUGUUCCUAUGUCGAUCUCCAGUGAGAGCCGACACUUUCACGCAUUCAAGGGCAGCUUACUACCCAAACUCCGACCAACAGGGCACUUCAGAUGGUGCUUGUGGAUACAAAUCCUUUGGAGCAACAUUAAAUGGUGGUGAUGUGUCUGCGGCUUCUAAUCUCUACAGAAAUGGAGUGGGCUGCGGGGCAUGCUACCAGGUGAUAUGCACAGACAGCAGUUUAUGCUCAACUGAUGGAGUAAGAAUAGUGAUCACUGAUUCAGGAUCGAGCAGCGACACUGAUUUCAUCCUCAGCCAAAAAGCCUUUAGCAAGAUGGGCCAAACUGCCGAUGCUGGUGCCUCCCUCCUUUCCCUUGGUGCAGUCGACAUUGAAUAUCAGAGGAUCCCUUGUAGCUGGCCAGGCAAGAACAUUACCUUUAAGGUUGAUGAGGCCAGUGACUUCCCUGGAUACUUGGCUUUCCUAUUAGAGUACCAACAAGGAGACAAGGAUAUCACAGCUGUCAGGUUAUGUGAGACUGAGAAUUUGACAUGCAAGUUGAUAGACCGGAGCCAUGGUGCCAUGUGGGCAGUUAACUCUCCACCAAGUGGCCCAUUAUCUAUACAAAUGCUUCUUAGCGGAGGAGAUGAUGGUGAUGAGACGUGGGUGGUGGCAACUAACAAUGUGCCAGAAAGCUGGAAAACUGGAGAGUCUUAUGAUUUAGGGAUACAGUUGAACUAAGUAACUAAAUGGAGUCCGUAGGUUGCUCUUCAGUGACAUCUAUUACAUUCAUUGUGCAGGCUAUUCGUUUCCAAGUUGUCUUGUUUGUGUUAUUUAUGCUUUUGCUUAAGGUUAUAUAGACAAUCCUUGACAAAUAAAAUUCAGGUCUGUGUUGUUAAAAUAUGAGUCUACUCCGUGGAAUAAAUCGGAAAGCUUAUAAAUUGAAUAAAAAAAAUAUGUUGCUUGAAGUAAUCGGAUUUAUUUACAUCACCACUGCCUCUAUGUUCUAUAAAUGCAGCUAAAAGCCUAAAUUAAUGGCUUUGCUGAACUUUCCUCACCCAGCAUCAAACAAAAACAGUUAAAAAAA